AUGGAUAGAAAUUUAAUAGAUAAUAAAUUUUUUCGACUAACAUGUUUACAGGUAGAAGAACCAAAGAAUGUUAUUAACCAAACUGUCAUUAGGAGCUUAGAUAUGCAGAGAGCAAGGUAUUUUGAAGUGGUUGGAUGGAUUCAUCCUUAUUUCACAUGUCUUUUUUUUUAA